UUUUUGGUUUAACAGGAAAAGAGCCUCGUAUUAUAGCUUAUCAGUUGGCUCAGCGGAAUCACAUAGAUAACCCAUUUAAUAUAGAAACUGGUAUGGCAGGAGAAGAUUGGCUCAGCGGGUUUUUAAAACGACACCCUAAUCUAGCAUACAGACGCCCAGAACCAACAUCAGCUGCAAGAGCGAUGGGUUUUAACAGAGUGGCAGUCGACAAUUUUUUUACAUUGUUAGAAAAUGUAGUAGAUAAACAUAAACUGACGCCUGAAAGGAUCUACAAUGUAGACGAAACGGGGAUCAGUACUGUUCCAAAAAGUCAAUCUAGGAUAUUGUCAAUGAAGGGCCAGAAGCAAGUGGGCUGCCUCUCAUCAGCAGGGAGAGGCCAGUUGGUCACUGCUGAAAUUUGUUUCAAUGCCGUUGGCACCUAUGUCCCGCCAAUGCUAAAAUACGCUCGGAAGCGGAUGAAAGAAGAACUUUUGGAUGAUGCUCCGUCACGGUUUUGGGGCACUUGCAGUGACAAUGGCUGGAUUACAACCAAAAUAUUUUUUGAUUGGUUUAAAUCAUUUGUGCAGUUUGCACAACCAACAAAAGAAAAGCCGGUAUUGCUUCUGUUAGACGGUCACUCUUCACAUACCAAAAAUAUUGACCUAAUAGAUUAUGCAAGAGAAAAUAAUGUGAUUUUAUUAUGUACACCACCACACUGCACUCACAAAAUGUACCCUUUAGACGUGUCAUUCAUGAGACCUUUAAGCACGUACUACGGGUACAGUGCAGAAGUGAAAAAUGGCUGAGAGAUCACCCUGGUCGCGUGGUUACACCAUAUCAUGUGGCAAAACUUUUUGGA